CAGCACUGCUGUAGCAAGCCCCAACCAAGACAUUUCAAGCUUUUGGGGGUAGUUAUUGUAUUGGGUCAGUUACUACCCUGACUAGAGAAUGAGGAAAGCCCACCCAAGGCAACAAUUGUAAUAGUAAAUAUGUUUUGCAGCCUUAUCUUUUAGUACCAUGUGACUACAGAAGUCAAGUGACCUGCUGAUAUCGCGCAGGUACUGUGGCUGGAUGGGAGCUGGCUGCACACUCUAAAGCUUUGCUAUGGACCGGGUGAACUGUAAGGGUCUGGUGGGACCCCUGGUGUGGUCAACUGUGGCUGGGUUGGGGCUUUUAGUGACAGUACUGCUGAUCAGGACUUACACCCUUCCUGAGAGUGUGGGGGUCUGGGAGAGCGAAGGAGCCCCAGGAGCUCAGCUUGGGGAGGAUGAGAGAAGACUACUGACAGAAACUCUGAGAGGUGCAAUUCGCAUUCCCACUGUCUCUUUCUCGGAGGAUCAUCAGAACACCACAGCUCUUGCUGAGUUUGGAGAGUAUAUCAAAAAAGUUUUUCCUCGAGUGUUCUCUUCUGAUUUAAUUAAGCAUGAGGUUGUUGGAGGCUAUAGUCAUCUCUUCACCAUUCAAGGCACAGACAAACAACUACUGCCAUACAUGCUUCUUGCCCACUUGGAUGUUGUGCCAGCUACUCACGAAGGCUGGGAGGUGCCACCUUUUGAUGGCGGUGAGCUUGAUGGGUAUAUCUAUGGAAGGGGAACCCUCGAUGACAAAAACUGUGUGAUUGGAAUUCUUCAAGCUCUUGAAUUCUUGCUGAAGAGAGGUUACAAACCCCGUCGUCCCUUCUACAUAGGAAUAGGACAUGAUGAAGAGGUAUCUGGACACAAAGGAGCCAUGAAGAUUGUUGAGAAGUUGCAGUCCCAAGGAAUAAAGUUAGCAUUUGUGUUGGAUGAAGGGCUGGCCGUCUUAGAUGGUGUUAUUCAAGGCAUACGAAGACCUAUUGCCCUGGUUGGAACGACAGAGAAAGGUUCUAUCACUUUGAACUUGACAGUUGACAGACAACCUGGCCAUUCCUCCAUGCCUCCCCCAGAGUCCAGCAUUGGGAUCCUCUCUGCAGCCGUGUCCAGACUGGAGCAGAAUCCUAUGCCCAAUAUGUUUGGUGAAGGCCCAGAGUCUUCCAUGUUCGAGCAGCUUGCUGGGGAGUUUGUCUUCCCAUUGAAUGUCUUGAUGGCAAAUCUGUGGUUAUUCUCACCAGUCAUUAGCAGGAUUCUGGAGCGAACACCUUCCAGCAAUGCCAUGGUUCGCACAACUACCGCCCUUACCAUGUUUAAUGCAGGAAUCAAGUCCAAUGUGAUCCCACCCACCGCCAGAGCGACCAUUAAUUUUAGACUUCACCCUGCACAAACAGUAAAGCAGGCGCUUGACAUUGUGAGGAACACGAUCAGGGAUGAGCGAGUUGUACUUUCUGUUGUAAACUCAUUCGAUCCCCUUCCAGUUAGUCCUUACGAUGACGAGAACUUUGGAUACCAAACUUUGAAACGCACCAUUCAAGCUGUGUUCUCAGGAGCCCCGGUAGCUCCGGGUGUAUGUGUUGGAAAUACUGACAGCCGCCAUUUUGUGAACCUGACUGACAGCACCUACCGAUUCAGCCCUGUAGUUAUGAAACCUGAGGAUAUAAGCAGAAUCCAUGGACUGAACGAAAGAAUUUCAUUUGAAGGAUUUGAACGUGUUGUGCAGUUUUAUUUCCAGUUUAUUCAAAAUUCAGAUUCAGACAAGGUACCCAGGUCUCACCGUGCCACCCACGAGCUGUAAGUCUGCAAGAGGAAAGACUGAAACCAUCUAACCUGCGUUGAAAGGUUAAAACAUCUGUUAGGCUGCUUACAUUAUACCAUGCAAUACCAAAAAAAGCAGCAGUCUAAAAAAGUUAAUGAUUUUUAUCUGCUUAUCAUU